AUGUGGCUAAAGAGGGCUCAUGGAUCAUCUACCGCUCGUCUUUUCUUCACGCUUGCUUUGAGUGUUGUUACUCUUUUCGCCCUUGUGUUGAAUGACGGCCACCGGCGGCCGCACAGGCAGGAAACUAGUUGUCAUCAUCCCGCGUGCAGUGUCGCCGAAGGAGCUUCCUCUUUCUCGUUGUUCGCACACGCGACCAGAGAUGGAACGUCGUCGCGGGCAGUCGAUCGUCCCUCCGUGCCGCGCGAGGCUGUCGGCAGAGUCCACACGGGGACUGCAGGCCCCAGCGGAUCUACCGCAGACUUCCAAGCAGCGGCAGUUCGUCGCAGAGAGGGUGCUAAAGACGACCGAAAGUUCGUACAUGAUGAUAGCAACGACCCGAAUGGGCGGGGGCCGCCAUACAGCACGGGGAAGGCAAGACCUGGAGGCAGCAGGGGCAGCUUCCGAACACGAGGGCAGGGGAACCAGACUCCUGCGGCGACUCUCUUUGGCUUCCUGAACACAGAGUGUCCUGCCACACCCCUGACUACGCCUAUUCCUCCGCAAUUUGUAAGUUUUGUCUUCCUGGCAUAUGGCGCACUCACCGUCAUGACACUUCUGUGGCUGGUUCGACGAGCCGCCCGUCGGAUGCACGUGCAGAAAAAACAGGCGCGCGUAGUCGAGGACAUGUUCAGGCUCGGCAAGGGUCUUCCCGAGCCAACUCCGUCAGCCAGUGAAGCAGGGGGAUCAACCGCAAAAGCGAAGGGCAGGCAAUACGGCGAUAUGUACGUCACCCCGUUGAUGUUCGUCCGCGGCAUGCUGAUUCAGCAGGAGGGCAGCUAUCAGAGCGUGCCUGGUUCGAUCCUGAAGUAUCUUCUUAUGCUCUCCUUCGCUGUCGCCUGCGGGCUGCCUCUCGUGGGCGUAAACGUGUCUGUCAUUAGAGAUCCGCACCGUGCGCUCAUAUCGUACUUCAUCCCGCGCACCUUCUACGACGCCCAGGACCCUGGCCUUCCUCCCUUCUUUGCUCAUUUGCCACCGUAUCUGACGGAAACCAGUCCAGUGUACUCUCCACACGGUCACUCGACGAACGGAUCUCGCCCCUCCGAAGGCAUGUCUGCGCAGUCGGCCGCCCAGUACUGGAUGUCGAACGUCGAGUGCAUGCAGACGCGAGAGCGGAUUUGCGUGGCGCUCAUGCUCUUCUGCUUCUUUUACCUGGCGUGUGCUUUCGCCCUCUGGAAAAGAUAUCUCCGUGACGUGGACCUUGUUCCGGCGCCCCUAUCCUCGUGUUCGAAGCUGCGGCUGCGCUGCACGCACCUGCCGCACCAUAGAGUGGAGCAGCUUCGCCGCUUGCGGCAGCGCGAGCAACGUGAGAAAUCCAAAGUUGAAUCCGCCGGCGACCUCCGGCGCCGCCGCUUCACUGCGCUGGCGGCUUCGGCUACGAGCGCCCUUUCCGCCCAAGGCCCCGUAGAAGGCAGCCACGCGCUGGACGGCCUCAGGCCCGAAGAAAGACAGGGGCAGGAGACGCUAGGCGCGCGCGCGGUCGCAGUGCGUGAGGACUGCAAACAGAAGCUGGAGCCUGAGAAAAGCAAAUCAGAGCAUGGCGUCAUGUUUUUGACGGAAGAAGACCUCACGCAGUGGGCUGUUGGCGAAGAGGUUCUCAAAGCUUUGGAAAAUCAUACCGUUGUGGACGUGCGGCACACUGUCGGUGUGCAUAACCCGCGUCGCUUCGUGGAGAUCGAUGGAAUGCAUCUCGUCUACGCUCCUGCCGAAGGCUUCUUCGUCCUAUCUGCGAUACUUCAAGAGAGGCAAGGCAUCGCAGAUGCCUCGAGGCUGGCCAAAGCCAUGGUGCGCGGAAUUGAAGCGAAUGAUAGCGCAGCCGAGCGGGUCCACGAUGUCCUUCGGGCGUUUCACACGGUUCUCCUGAGGCCAGAAGAAGUUGCGGAUCGCCAGGCUAUCGGCACGAACCGCAUCGCACUGCCUGUGACUUCCGUUGGCAAGAUCCUUUGGGCCUCCCUGACAGGCAGCGCGUUCUACUUUGCGAUGCUGGUUGUCAUAUGGUAUUAUUGCUUCACGCGGAACUUCCUCGUCCUGGCUAUCCUUCUCGCCUUCGUCGUUUCAGAGGGCACGUACCGAAUCCGUCUUCUGCUUCGGCAGCAAGCGGGCCUCCUCCAUCUUGCCGCAGAGCGAGAAAAGGCCGUGGCUGAGCAGCCAGCUUCUGUUCUUCGGUUGUAUCAGGUUCCUUAUCGAGCCACGGCACAGAACGCGCUGGAAGUGCUUGAGAGUGACCCGAGUCCGUCUCCGCUUGUAGCGGUGUGGACUCGGGUUCCUGCGACAGAUAUUGUCCCUUCGGAUAUCAUUAGGCUUUCGAGGGGCGACACAGUGCCCUGUGAUAUGCUUCUUGUCAACGGGACGGUUGCUGUGGAUGAAUCCUCUCUCCGAGGUGAUGGGGCGCCCCUACGGAAGCGACCUUUCCGCCUGUCGGUCGCCAAGCGUCGCGAGGCCGCAGAUGGCAAAGAGGCUCAAGAUGCAGACUGGCUCAAAGAGCCAGAGUUGACAGAGAGCUUCGUGUACGCUGGAACGCGAGUUGUCUCGUGUACAGAAGCUCGAGGCCAAACGCGAACCCUGGAUGAGGCAGCGGUACAGUGUACCUUGACCGCAGGCGGCGAACGAGGACUAGAGCGUGCUGCGGAAACCCAGCUGUCCACUGCGCAGGCUUUGAUGGAUUCGGGUGCCUCAGGGCAAGGAGGCAUCUGCUGGGGAGUGGCCCUGAGGACCGGAAUCAAUACGACUGCAGGGCAGCAGCUUCGUCAACUCAAUCUGCCAAACCAAGAAAUGUUUCGAUAUGACCGGCAGCUGGCUUUUGUUCUCGUUGGUGUUCUCCUUCUCUGGAUCGGCAUCGUCGCUGUCCACGCUUACUACACCAGAAGCCUUCUGCUGUCUUUCCGGUUCUCAGUAGACACUCUCCUGAAGCUCCUACCUCUCUGGCUGCCCGCGAUCUGCGGGUUGUUUGCUACAUUGGCAGCGCGACGUCUGCGCGCGUGUAGUGCCGAAGAAGCCAGUCGAUUCUCUCGGCGCUUCCUUCAGAAGCGAACAGAGGAAUUCCGGGUCAGGGCCUACCUCUCCGCGUCUGUCCCAGAAGAUCCCUCCGACUACUCUGCCAGAGCUAAACUCCUUCAGUCGCCGGAUCCCUCCAAGCCAGACGCAUCUGCCCGCGAGCUGUGUUGUUGCCCGCCUGCGCGCGGCAGCCGCACUUGGUCUCCCAGCUCCAGUCCUCCUCGCCCCUUCUCCGUGGUGUGUCCAGCGCCCGGCCGUCUUCCGCUAGCGGCUCAAGUCCGGGUGGUGUGCUUCGACAAGACUGGAACGCUAACUCGCGACGACUUCUCGUUCAUUGGAUGCCAGCCUGUGGAAGGCGCCGCCCUGAAGCCCUUUGUAAGAUACGAUCCGGAGGCCUUCGGAGGGAGCGUGCAUGCGGCAGGCACGGGGCUCGAUCCCACCACGCUCUCCGGCGCAAAAGCCCGUGGCGCGCUCUUCCUCGCCGAUUCGGUCCCUGUGCGGCUUUUCGAGAGCCUCGUGUGCUGCCAUGGCCUCGCCCUGUCGAGGAAAGCAGAGCUGCAGGGGACGCCACUGGAGCGGCAGAUGUUCAACUCGACAGGCUGGACGAUCGGGUGGGCGGACGACGCGACGCGGAGCGAGGGUGCCCAGAACGAGAUGGCUGUUGGCGUUGGAAGGCUCGUGUUCUUCCUCCCACCAGGGGCUCAGGAGAGCGACGACGAAGACCGGCAGCUCGCGAGGAGAGACAAAUUUGUGCUCCUUCAGAGGUUCCUGUUCGAUCCGGUGCGUCAAGUCAUGAGCGUGGUAGUUGCGAGGAUGAAGGACGGAAAGGGAGAGCACAACGAAGGGGAGGUCAUGGUCUUCUGCAAAGGAAGCUUCGAAGCUGUGUCAGCACUCUGCCGACCCCAGACAGUGCCGAGUGACUUCCUUCAUCGCGCUGGGGUAUACGCGAAGGGAGGUGUGUACGUACUCGCGACGGCGAGCAAGUCUUUAGGAGUGCACGCACGCUUAGAUCAGUGGAAAGACUUGGAUCGCGCUGCAGUGGAAAGCGAGCUCUGCCUCGAGGGCCUCGUGCUUUUUCGGAAUGAGCUACGGCUCGACGCCUUCGACGCCGUCGAGCAGCUGAAAGACGCCGGGAUCCGACCAAUCAUCAUUACAGGAGACUCAGCUCUUACCGCCGUCGCCGUUGCGCGUCGCGUUGGGAUGAUCCAGUCUCUCGAAGACAUCUUCAGCAGCAACAGCGAACGGUUGGAACAGCGAAGCAGAGCCGACAGGUUUACUGCACCUUCGCCGGUUGUGUUUGGCGACAUCGUCGAGGAAGCGUCAACGCGCGCAAGCGCUGAGGAGGUUUUGGCAGAUGAGCAGCGAUUCGUCGCCGGUCGCGGAGGUGGUUCAGACGCGCAUGAUUUAUGUCGUAGAGUGAAAUGGAUAAAUGUGGAUACAGGGGAAGAAGUUGAGCGGUGGAAAGUCUUUUUUUCAGAUGAGUAUUCAGAGCUGGCUCUGACAGCGAGGGCAAUGGAAGCCUUGAUGGAUACGCCAGACGUGCUAAUGAUGGGGUAUUCUGGCACAAAGGAUCUUGCCAGUGAAAAAGAGACCGACCACGUGAGAGGAGACAAUGGGAAGUCCCCGUCGCUGGGAGAAAAUGGCUUUCCGUCGCCUCCCCACAGCAUGUAUACAAUCCCACGUUCUCUCUUCCCCUCUGGUAACUCAGCCUUGCCACGAGAAGAUGGGCCCCCGCAGCCGGUCGUGGUCAAAGUAGAACGCGCUCGGAGUCUUGAAGAGACCAGUGGAGAGCUCUCGAGGCGGCAGCAGCGGGUGCGGACUCUCUUCGAUCGGGUUCUUUUCCGGGUUCGUGUCUUCGCGCGCAUGUCGCCGCAUAAGAAAGCACUAGUUGUCGAGCAGUACCAAGAUAGGGACCUCGUCGUGGCGAUGGUUGGAGAUGGAACAAAUGAUUGUUUUGCCAUCCGGCAGGCUGAAAUAGGCGUUGCGUUCGGCCCUGGGAAUCUGUGCCAGUCGGUUGCUCCUUUUGCAAUUCUAACAAACCAACGGCAGGACUACUCGCCAUCGCCUUCCAAACCGCCCGCGUCAGCAAAGCAGCUGAAGGCCGACACAGAGGCGAGUGCCAUCCCUCAGAGGCAUUUGUUCGAGUCUUGUGGAGUUCUGGGCGUCAUCACGCUCAUUCGAGAAGGACGCGCUACGCUCGUCACAUCUUUUGCUGUCUACAAACUCCAGAUUCUGUAUGGUGUAUUGUCUGCUAUCUCGCACUUGCUGCUCACAGUUGGCGCGUAUGGCACGCCGAAUGCAUUCGCAUCAUUUUUCUCAUCUGUGGCGAUGCUCCUUGGCCUCUCGCUGGCCAUGCUUUGGUCUGUGCCGUCAGAUGGUCCCCUAACGAAGCGCAGACCAACUAGUAAUCCUUUAGGUGCAAGGACGGUAGCGGGGGUGACCUCGAUUGUUAUUGUCGAUAUUCUCGCACUCUUUCUGCUCUUCGGUCUUCUCUACGGUCCUGCGGAGAGGCCUCUGCCCUGUGCAUGGGUGCAGAGAGAAGUGCGGAACGAGCUUCUGCAGAGACAGCAAAUCGAGCAUCUGCUUGACCUUCACUCGCUGAGCAUGACUGCCGCUGGCGACAAUACCGCUCAAGGUGGCGUGGAGCAGGAAAAGCAGUGGAAAGAAGAGAUCAGGGAAAAUGGAUCCCGUGAGAAAGCCGCUAGUCACGGCGUUACGCAAGGUGCUAGCGCUAGCGGGCGUGUGUCUGAGCGUGGUCGACACCCAAGCCGGGUGGGGGAAGAGAAGGCCGUCAAUGGAAACGCACAAGGACGCCAACAGAGUGCAGUAUCGCAUGUGAGUCAUCCGUCGUCUCUCUCGGCGACUCGGACCCAAAACGGCGAGAGUUCAGGUGAAGCAAACAACGGGUGGGUCAGCCAUAUCUCCGGGGAAAAAAUGCCGGGAGAGGGACUCACGCACCCAGCGAAGAACACCGCCUCGAUGGUGCAAGUCCGGGGUCAGGAAUCAACCAGUCAUCUGGUAGCAUCCUUCUUAGAGGUCUCCGACUGGGGAGAGGUGACGUCCAGCUCUCACCGCCGACCGCGACUUUCCUCCGGACGAGUCGUACGAAGACGCCAUAGCCCCAAGCUCAAAUCUGCGCCAGGCAGCUUGUGGUGGACAGACAGACCGCGCAGUGUUGCUCUUCUCGACGAAAUUUCACAUGAAGAUGUGGGCAACCUGAACUUCCCUGUGCCAAAAAGCAAGGAGCAGUCCCGGUUGGAAAUGUCGGCGACCGCGCUCCUCCAGAUUAACGGCAGUAUGGAUCGACUUGUCGGACAUAGCCUUAGACCCGGGGCCGCGAUGGAGGACCCGCCAUGCAGUCGGGACGGCAGGACUGAAGCAUUUAUAAUAUUUGUGUGGCUAGGGGCCUGUCUGCUCAAUGCCGCACUUAUUUUCAGUCGGAGGGGCUCGUUCCGGAAAGUGCUGUGCGCGAAUCCGGUGUUGUUACCUCUCUGUUUCAUUCUCGCAGUCUUCUUGAUAUUUCUUGUCACGGCCCCGAAGAACAGUGUCUCGUGUCUCUUCAUGGUUAACUGCCCGGCUAACGAGGUGUACAUGCAGCAACUCGGAGCAAACGCAAUCGGUGCCGCGAAGCAGGUCGUCACAGAUACAGACGAGAAGGACAUGUAUCGAGGCCUUGCAGAAAAAGCUGAAGCAGAAGUAAUGAAGGUCCGCGGGAAUCUGGCCGCCCAGACGGCAGCUGUGACAGCGCCUUCACGGCCUCAACAGCCAGUGUCUCGUUCGGCGUCAGGCAUGAAUCGAGAGACAGACGGACAUGACAGAAUUGCUACGCGAAGAGCAGAAGCUGAUGGUGCCGCAGAAGGGUUCUACAGGGACAUUGCAGACGAUGGGGCGAACGCCAAAGUACAAGCGUGGGAGAACCUGAAAGAUGAAGGCGCAAAACUCGGUAAAAGCGUCGAAGACGAAAUGCACGCGGGACGGCACGAAAAGGAAUACAAUCCGAAACAAGGUGCUACUGGGUCGGUGUUGUCCGCGUGGUAUGGGCAGGUUCUGCUCUACAUAUUAUGUUUGAUGUCGCUCUUGAAUGGCCUGAUCCACGCAUAUGUUAUUGAAGACCAGCUGGGGCUAGAUGUCUUCGCUGGUUGUAGGAGACGGGCCUGUCCGUCGUGGCACAAAGGUGAAGCCAUGCUCGUUUAA